ACCCCAAACUUUUCAGUGGCACCAUAGCUGUCUGCUUCCUACAGCUUAUCACACUAGCAACGAAAGCAGAGCAAUUUUCUGUGCAGGAACCAGAAGUAGUCUACCUAAGUUUGAGUCAAUAGCCCCCCCCCCUUUUUUUUUUUACUUCUUUAGAGCACAGGCCCAAAGACAAAGGAAAAGGAAAGAAGAUGCUAACUAUAAUUCCCUUGGUGUUAGUCUGUCUGAGCUUUGCCAACAACGCAUAUACAGCAGGGAAUCGCCUUCAGAUCUUUGCUAGUCCAGGUGAUAAUGUUAGCUUGCCCUGCCGCCUGAAACCUACUGAUGCCUUAUCUUUUGGUCCGAUUGGAAUGAGGAUCAAGUGGACCAAACUUGAUGAUGUUAAUGACGAAACUGACGUGCUGAUUUCAAUGGGUUUCCACAAGAUCAAAUAUGGACGCUUCCUAAACCAUGUUCACCUGCAGGAGGCUGACGAUAAUGAUGCCACCCUGAUUAUUACCAACCUCAUCCUAGAUGACUAUGGCACAUACAAGUGCGAGAUCAUGAGUGGCAUGGAUGACAUCAUAGUGGAGAUGGAGCUUCGAAUGGCUGGGGUUGUAUUCCCUUACUCCCCACGCAUGGGCCGCUACAACCUGAACUUUCACGAUGCUGAGGCAGCCUGCCUGGGGCAAGAUGCUGUGGUGGCAUCAUUCGAGCAGCUCUACCAGGCCUGGAAAGGAGGGAUGGACUGGUGCAAUGCUGGCUGGUUGAGUGAUGGAACCGUACAGUACCCCAUCACCAAACCAAGACAGCCAUGUGGGGGCAAUGUUGCUGCUGGACUCAGGAGUUACGGCCAGCGUAACAAAACCAACAGCCGUUUUGAUGUUUUCUGCUUCACCACUGGAUACAAUGGAAAUGUGUUCUACGUGGAUCAGAAACUGACCUUCCCUGAGGCUAUGCAGGUCUGUGAGGAAGAUGGAGCUGAGCUAGCAAAGAUAGGGCACAUAUUCGCAGCCUGGAAGCUGAUGGGCUACGACCGUUGUGAUGCUGGCUGGCUGGCUGAUGGUAGUGUAAGAUACCCCAUCUCCAAGCCCAGGAUGAAGUGCAGCCCCACCGAAGCAGCUGUCCGUUCCGUUGGAUUUCCUGACAAGAAGCACAAGCUCUAUGGGGCCUACUGCUACAGAGCUCACCAGUAAUUUCUACACAAUACAUACGCUCACAUACCAGCCAAAGAGCUACAGUAUAACACACAAGCAAUGACUAAAACAUGUCAGUUAUCAUGAGCACACAAUGAAACAUCAAUCUUACAUUAUACAGGUACAUAAUAAAAUUUUUGUACUAUGCAUUCCAAAUGCACAUUGUAAAUGGUACAAUUAUUCAUCAUAAACAUUAUUUUUGCCGUAUUACUAUUUUUGCACAGUUCAGUUAGGUUAUUUUCAGCAAAAAUCAGUUUCAAGGGAAUGUAAUCUUUUAUAAAUAAUUAAAUAAAUAUGAACUUCUUCGACACAUCUGACAUGUCUCGUCAGAGCACUGGCCACUAUUUGUUGAUCUAAAAAUGUACUUUUCAAUUUUAGCAGACUUAGUAGCUAAUUGUAAUAGAUACCUGUCAUUAGUCUUCUUCCUUUUAAAAUUUUUCACUUUUUACCCUGGAAAAAAAAUGGGAAAAUAAUGCCCUCAUUUUGUAAUAAGUGCAUAUACAAAAACAUAGCCUUUAUUAAUAAAGAAAGUAACUGAUAAUACCUUUUAUCAAAAAAUGUUAUCUAAGGCAAAAUAUGUUCUUCCCUAGCACCAAAUUUGUGAUCUCACAGCUACUACAAUAAAAGAAAAAGAAAAAAGAAAAAUGACGAGCUGCUGGAGACGCAAUGCAUUUUUGGUCUUUGGAGUUGCAGUUACAUUAGACCCGUAGGCACAUGAAAUCUUUAACAGAACCCAGUUGCUUACCAGCAACUGCACUUUAAAUGACUAAUCUGAGACUUGCACUUACAUAAUUGUGAGUCUCAAUAAAACAAAACAUUAUGUCAUCAGUUGGGUUUCUUUCAGAACACCAAUUUCCUCAUACAUUUAUGAACUAAGCUACAAUGACUGAAAGCAGAUGUCAUAUUCUGUAUCUCUAUACACAGGAUUGUUUACAGUAUGUGAUUGGGAAGAAAACUCCACCUAUUAUUCUGCUUUGUUCUACCAAGCCACAAUGUAGACACUUCUUUUUAAGCCCAAACCAUUUUUUUUUUCUCAACUAAAAUGCAGUGUAUUGUUUUUACAUGAAGUUCCAAAUGGAAAAUAAAAUCUAACAAAAAUUGAA